AUGAAAAUCACAGGGGUACCCCGCCUCACCCCGCAGGGCCUCAAGUACGAUCGCCGCUUCUCCCUCUGGCGCAUCCCCGACGACGGCGUGUCUCUCCGGGAAAAGAUCCAAGUCUUCACGAACCCGGAAGCCGCCCUCUUCGACCAGCGCGUUGUCGGCCUAGACGAGGACGAUGUCGAUAAGGAGGAGAAAAUUUCCUAUGCCCCACACAAAACCAAAACCCCCGUGCACACCCGGGCCCCCGCUGGUGCCCCGGACGCCGACGGGGCCGAUCACCCUUCCCAGGCCACCGAGCUCCGCGUGCCCCUGUGCCCGGACACGACCAACCUAGACCCCGUCACCGUCACCAUGUACAAGAGCUCGGCCACCGCGUUUCGCAUGGGCCGCGAAUACGACGCCUGGUUCACCGCCUGCUUCGGCUUCCCUGUCGCCCUCGUCUACAUUGGCGAUGGGAGGCGGCCCCAGUUGGGCUUCCAGCCUGGUACUCCCGCUCGCACGCCCCAGAGAAGCCCCCUUGCCGCCCUGCUCCACAUCUUACUCGAUUGCGUCGCCCGGUGCGUCGCCUUCCUCCUUGCCCUGCCUACCCUUGCCGCCGCGGAGGGUGGUAAACGGGCCAAGCACCCUCCUCCCAAAGCCCCCGGAGCCCUGGAUCACUUUUACCGACUUUGCUCCCUUCCUCAUCGCCUCCGAGUCCUCCCUUGCCCACCUCUCCGCGAGCGUGAGCGACACCCCGCUAGAGAUGCACCGCUUCCGCCCCAACAUCCUCAUCGGGCCCUCGUCGCCCCGGACCGCCCCGGACACCUCUCCGUCGCCGGGUCUCCCGUCUUCAAGCUCACCGGAAACUGCGCCCGCUGCACCUCGGUCAACGUCGACUACGAGACCGGCCGGCCCACCAAAGGCCCGCGCGGCACCGUCCUCAAAACCCUGGCCAAGACCCGCCGCGUCGAUAAAGGCAAGAGGUGGGAGGCCAUCUUUGGCCGCUACGCCUCGCUCGCCGUCGCACCCGAGACCUCGCCGCGCAAAUGGUGGGCCGGGGGCGAAUGGGGAGAGGAGGGCGCAGCAGCAGCGACCGCCACGCCAGUCACAAAAGUCGCCGUGGGGGACCCGGUGCGCGUGACGAGGAGAAAUCGGGAGAGGGACGUCUGGGACUGGCCCCCUCUGAAAUGA